AUGCAGUUCAAGUCGAUAGCCGCUGCGCUUCUCCUGCCCCUUGUGGCCGUCAAUGCCCAGGACACCACCCUCAGCACCACCACCAUAACGUCGACGGAAACCCUGACCAAGACCAUCAGCUUGACCCGCGUCUCGACUAUCACCAGCUUCACUGGCAACAGCAGCACCGCAGCACCAACAGGUACCGGCGUCGUCUCAACAACACGCGUACCUACCGUUGUUCCCACAACGACCUCGCUGCCGACCACACCAGAGAAUCCCGCCUCUGUCCUGCAGCUUUCCACCUUGGCCUAUGCUGGUGUCGCAGGUCUUGUCGCUGCCAUGUUGUUGUAA